UAUUAGUAUCAGUAUUGGGUCGGGUUCCGUGAAGUAGGUUCGCGCUGUUGUUGCUGCUGCUGGAUUUCGUUAGAUUCUAGAAUUGAAAAUAAAUUUCAGUACAUUUUACCGAGUUGACGCUAGCGGGUGCACGUUGGAAGCUAGUCCUCCGCGUUUUCGUGAGGCCGUUUUUAGUGAGUUCCGCUGUUUAUGGACCAUCGUGUUUUUACACGCAAUAGAAUAUUUUGAUAGUGACGCGCCCUUGUAAGGAAUAAAAUGGAAAAUCAAGUACGGAGGGCACAAGCUGGCUUCGAAAAUGACGUCAACAGCAUGGGCGUGCGGUUAUAUAACUUAAUAAUUUUACUCGUGGACAUAAUUGUAGUUAAUAUAAAAUGGAUUUUAUAUACUAUCGAAUCGGUAUAUCACAUAUUUUCACCGCCGCCGGAAGUUGAUGUCCGCGGUGAAAUAGUACUUAUUACUGGAGCAGCACAUGGAAUUGGAAAGGAGCUAGCAUUGCAAUAUGCUCGUCGUGGCGCAAUUGUUGUAUGCUGGGACAUCAAUGAGAAAGGAAACAUUGAAACAUGCGAUGAGAUCAAGGCCCAAGGAGGAAAAGCUUAUCAUUAUGUGUGCGAUGUAACAAAGCGACAAGAGAUCCUAGACGUGGCUGAAAAAGUCAAGAAAGAAGUUGGAAUUGUUUCUAUUCUAGUCAAUAACGCCGGUAUUAUGCCAUGUCAUCCUCUUCUACAACACACAGAGAAGGAAAUCACCACAAUGUACCAAAUUAAUGUGUUGGCCCACUUCUGGAUGAUCCAAGCAUUCCUGCCCGACAUGAUUGAAAAGAAUCGUGGUCAUAUUGUUGCCCUUUCGUCCUGCGCCGGUCUAUUCGGCCUUAAAAAUUUGGUACCCUAUUGUGGCACUAAAUUCGCAGUAAGAGGAUAUAUGCAAGCUUUGCAGGAAGAACUGAGAGCUGACUCAAGGAACCCUAAUGUUAAGUUCACAACUAUCUACCCAUACAUGGUAGACACUGGACUUUGCAAAAGGCCACAUGCUAGGUUCGAGCAUUUAUUGAAAUUAGUUAAGCCAGAGGAGGCAGCCGCAUCUAUUAUUGAGGCCCAAAGACGUGGAAUUGAAGAAGCUUCAGUUCCUAGACGUUAUUACUAUUUGGAGAAAUAUGGUAGACUGUUUCCCCGAAAAGCAAUGGUGUUGGUGACUGACUUGUUAGAUACUGGUGUUCAUUCGGACUUGUAAAAUGUUUUUGAAAAGUGUGAAUUAUAGUUAGGAAGAGAAACAUACAAUAUACUUUUCUUAUUGA